AUGUCCAUCCAUUUUGGAUGCACCAACGAAACCAGCUUCACCGCAGUCUACAUCUUCCGCACAGAUCCGCUUUCCGCUCAAGUAUUGCUAGCUACCGCCUUAGUCCAGGUACGCCCGCAUCAUGGUAAUCCAAUCACCGCCAGAGUGUUGAUUGAUCAAGGUUCAGAGCUCUCAUUUAUGAGACAGUCGCUCUUCAAGAAGCUUGGACAACCGCUACAGCGUGACAUGGUCAUGCUCAAGGGCAUUGGUAAUGUCUCCGCAGGAAGCUCACUAGGUGUGAGCACAAUUGAGCUUCGUUCGCUGUGUACGACCGCAUCAAUGCAUGUCAGCAUGCAUAUUCUACCAACACUGAUGGUAGAUCUUUUAUCGUUCGUGAUCGCUGAUCCGAAAUGGCCGCAUCUUGAGAAUCUCAAGCUCGCUGACCCGCAGUAUCUACAGCCACGCCCUGUAGAUAUUAUUCUAGGUGCAUCACCAGCCGCACAGAUCAUGAACGCAGAGAUUCAACGAGGACCUCGCAAUGCUCCUAUUGCACAAUCCACCACGCUUGCACUACAUGCGUCAGUAGAUACUGAAUUACAAGACGCUAUCGCUAAGUUUUGGAAACAGGAAGAAGUUCCAUCAGGAAAUUCACCGCUCAACACCGCUGAAGAAGACGAAUGUGAAAUUCACUUUCGUCAAACGCAUUAUCGACAGCCUGAUGGACGCUACGUAGUGAGAUUACCGCUUAAGGCCCUUGAGAGUCAACUUGGCGACUCUAUCAACGCAGCUAUGGGGUCACUCCGCAGAUUAAUAACUCGCUUGUCGCGAGAAAGAGAAUAUUCUGACAUGUAUCGUGCAUUCAUGGCAGAAUACAUUCAACUAGGACACAUGGUACGAAUACCAGUCAACGAAUUGCCCGCAAACGCUUACUUCUUGCCUCACCAUGGGGUAUUGAAGCUUGAUAGUACCACUACGAAGCUCCGCACAGUGUUCAAUGGUUCCUGUGCAACAUCUACAGGAAUUUCAUUGAACGACAUUCUCCACGCAGGACCCAAAACGCAAAUUGACAUUUUUGAUGUGAUGUUGAGAAUCCGUUGCAGCAGGAUUCUAUUCGCUACUGACAUCACCAAGAUGUUCAGACAGAUUGAGGUCGACUCGCUUGAUUGGCCGCUUCAGUGCAUUCUCUGGAUAGAUGAGAAUGACUUAAUAGACGCUUACUGUCUCAAGACAGUCACAUACGGAACCGCUAGUGCACCUUUUGACGCUGUACGUGUGCUUAUCCAACUAGUAAAGGAUGAAGGACACCGCUUUCCGCUAGCUGUUGCUCCAAUGUUGAAAACACGCUACGUAGAUGACAUCUACGGUGGAGCAGACAACGAAGAGAAGACGCUAUCAAGGCUGCAGUACAAACAAAAGCUCUGUGUGCAGCAGGCUGCUUCCCGCUUGCCAAAUGGGCUAGCAAUAGCCCACGGUUACUCGCUGAAGUCGCUCCAGAAAAGCAGCUGGAUACACCGCUUAAAGAAAUCAGUGAUGCACCAGUAA